UUGCCCCUCAUUGCAGCGAGUGCAAACGUCUGCAACGUGGUGCUCAUGAGACACUCGGAGCUGUCGGAGGGCAUCAGCGUGCUCGAUGAGCACGGGAACGUGGUGGGAACGUCCAAAGUGGCCGCUAGGCAUGCUCUUUUAGAAACCGCUCUGACCAGAGUGGUCCUCCCCAUGCCCAUCCUGGUCUUACCUCCCAUGAUCAUGACUGCACUGGAAAAGCUUCCUCUCCUGCAGAGACAACGGAGGCUCGUCCUGCCCAUCCACAGCCUAGUGGUCCUCGCUGCCUUCGGCCUGGCUCUGCCCCUCGCCAUCAGUCUCUUCCCACAGAUGUCCCAGAUCAGUGUGAAUGAGCUGGAGCCAGAGAUUGCCAUGGCAACCGACUGUAAGAUUGUGACAUACAACAAAGGUCUGUGAGUGAUCUCUGCCCACCCGACACAUGAAGACGGGACCCCGCUGCUCGUCGCUGUGCAGACCCCCGCUGCGGCUGCCAGAGGAUGAAGGAUGGUAAAUGUGUCUGUGAGCAGUUAGCAUAUGUUUACAGGAAAGGGUUCAUCAUGACAAUACAUUUUGUUUAUUUAGAAAUGGUCCCACAGGAUGACAUGCUGUGUAUAUAUAUAUAUAUAUAUAUAUAUAAGAUAUAAAACUGACACCUGACAAAGAAGGAAAACCAAAUACCUGCGGCCCUCAAAAAAAAAAAGAUUUAGAAAUGACUUUGUUUAAUCCAUCUUGCUUGUGUGCUAAAGAUGCUAACAGCUGGAGGACUAAGGCUGACCUGUUGGGUUCGGUUUAAGUGAACUCGAGUCCAUUUGCCAAGUUAGUGCCGCUCGUUUGCGCUGGUGUGAAAGCUGUCAAUCAAACCCUGGUGCGGACCAAACAACCGUACAGAGAGCACUUUAAAAAGAAAGUGUGACUCUGUUUACUUUCUAGUCUAAAACCUGCUGCGUUCACACAUCAGCUCGUCUCGACCUCACUGACUUUUUUUUAGGAGGAUGACAGGUUCAAGUCUGCAGUUGAUUGUUUGUGUUCACAGCCCUUCUGGACAAUGCCAUAAAAUAAAUUCAUGAUUGUAGUUCACAUAUUAUACUCCAUGCUUUUCAGCUUUUUAUUUUAAGCUGAGUCUUGAUACAGGUUUUAUUUGAUUGUGUAUCAGGGACCGUUAAAUUUGCACUGAUGCACAGACUGUUGUCACGGUGAUUUCAGACUUUUUGUGCAGACAGUCAGGAGAAAAGUCCUGCAGUCUGUGAAUCUGCUUGUGGCGAUACAACCAAAAUAUCAAUCAUGCCAGAAAAUCAUACUACCUGGCGGGAGCAGCUGAUUGGACCAUAAUUUGGCUGUCAUGCCUCAGUGUACAUUGCACCGCUGACGAUGUCAUCGUCGGGCUGAAGUUUAGCCAAGACGAAGCAGGAAGUACCUGAAUGAAUGUGAUUAGGAUUGAAUGUGUUGAUAAUGUGAAUUCAGUUUAAAUAAUUAAACUGUGAAUUUUUUUUCUAUAUGUGAUAUAAUGCAGAGAUUUAAUACUUUAAAAAUACAAUUAUUUCAGAUUGUUUAAUACGGAUACUUACUACAGGUUUUAUUAAAACGAGGCUAAAGAAGAGUCAGGCACAUUCUCAUACUUUUCUUAAUCAGGAUUGUUGUUGUUGUAAUCUGUUUCACAAUCUGAGCGUGUGUAAACAAAACCUUACUCUUAUGUCAACCAUCUCGUCGUGCCUUUACCUAAAAAAUAAAUCCAUUGAAACUCA